AACACUGAUAUCAGCUUGUGCGUCCCCGCGGCUGCCCGGCUUCUUCUGUUGAUAAACACGAGAUCAAAUCAAACAAACCUAGUUCUAACUGCAAUCUUUUCAAUUUUAGCUGGAAUUUAGCCUUAAAUAUGUUAUUCUACUCGUUUUUCAAGUCUCUAGUAGGCAAAGACGUGGUUGUUGAAUUGAAAAAUGACCUGAGCAUAUGCGGGACUUUACAUUCCGUAGAUCAGUACCUGAACAUCAAAUUGACGGACAUCAGCGUGACAGACCCUGAAAAAUACCCUCACAUGAUGUCCGUGAAGAACUGCUUUAUCAGAGGCUCAGUCGUGAGAUAUGUGCAGCUGCCAGCGGACGAGGUGGACACACAACUUCUACAGGACGCAGCCAGAAAAGAGGCUGCUGCACAAACUAAGGCUUAAACCACUCAUCCUAUUCGAAAACUAAGUAUCGGUUUUAGGUAAAGUCUCCUCUCUGCAAAUGCUGGUAAAAUAAAAUUCGCUGUCACUUGCAAGUGGAGAUUUUAAUACAAAAUUUAAUUCAGUUUGAGUGAAUCGUGACAAUUGAUACGCUUUUUGUAUGACAAAUUCGUUUUUGUCCAAGCUUUAAUUUUCUUGUGCAUUCCAGAGCAAUGCCAAGAUUUCUUUCUUUUUUUUAUGAAAUAGCGCAAAAUGAAAAUAAAAGAAGAUUGAAUGAUAUGAGAAGAAUGUCGCCCUGUAUAAAAGUUUCACAAACUAAAAUGGAAAAAAUACAAAUUUAAAUUUGUUGCACCUGCAUUCUCCUUAAUUAAAUUGUAGGUUGACUUGUAAAUCAAAGACUUAA